AUGCUCAUCCAAGGGAUGGUGUUGAAUUACGAAAGCGACGAUCAAGGCUACCAUCAGAGGUUUGUACAAGCUUGGAGGAUGGUAAACAUAGUAGAUAGUAAGACGUUGGGACGCAAGAAUUCUAUUCCCUUUGAACCUUACCUUAGGUGGGUACGAGCUCGUGCUCAGAAGACCAUGAUGCCUUACCCCUCCAUCCUACCAGUUAUCAUGGAGCUCGUUGCUGAAGGAGAAGUCCCAUAUAUUUUCCUCCAUCCCAACAUGCCUAUUUCUCUUGAAGACUUACAAACGGGUUGGAUUCAACUAAAGGAAGAGCGAUAUACCUUCGAAGCUCGUUUUUAUGCGAGUGAGAAAAGGGUUUUAGAGCUUACAAAGCAACUACAUGAAGAACAGAGCUUGAACACCUACCUUGCACCAAAGAGGAAGCAUUCAACCUUUUUAUCUUAG